CUCUCUCUCUCUCUCUCUCUCUCUCUCUUCUUCCUUCCUUCACUUUGUUCGCCGGAAAACCCACCGGCGGGGCCAUCAACAUAAAAAACUCAAAAACCUCGCUUCUUUUUUGUCGAACAAAAACCAUAGAAACUCUUUGAUGCUGUGAAGUUCGAGAAAACCCACUAUGGGAAACUGCAACGCUUGCACGAGAGCUGAUGUGGUGGAGGACAACACCCGGUCGAGCGACACCAACCGUGGUCGGAAGAAGGAAACGAACCACAAAAAAACGAACCCAUUCUCGGACGAACCGGUCCGGUCUGCGGCCCCGAUCCGGGUCCUGAGGGACGUGAUUCCAAUGAGCCACCGAACCCGAAUCAGCGACAAGUACAUACUGGGCCGUGAACUGGGCCGGGGAGAGUUCGGCAUCACGUACCUUUGCACGGACCGUGAGACGAAUGAGGCCUUGGCCUGCAAGUCGAUCUCGAAGCGGAAGCUUCGAACCGCCGUCGACAUCGACGAUGUGAGGCGCGAGGUAGCGAUCAUGUCCACGCUGCCCGAACACCCAAACAUCGUGAAGCUCAAGGCAACGUACGAGGACAACGAGAACGUCCACCUCGUCAUGGAGCUCUGUGAAGGUGGCGAGCUUUUCGACAGGAUUGUCGCUAGGGGUCAUUACAGUGAACGCGCCGCCGCCGCCGUCGCUCGGACCAUCGCCGAGGUUGUUAGGAUGUGCCACGCAAACGGCGUCAUGCAUAGAGACCUCAAGCCUGAGAAUUUUCUCUUUGCUAAUAAGAAAGAAAACUCUGCUCUUAAGGCCAUUGAUUUUGGCCUCUCUGUGUUUUUCAAGCCUGGAGAGAGAUUUUCGGAGAUUGUUGGGAGUCCUUACUAUAUGGCGCCGGAGGUUUUGAAGAGGAAUUACGGGCCAGAGGUUGAUGUGUGGAGUGCUGGGGUGAUUCUUUAUAUUUUGUUAUGUGGGGUUCCUCCGUUUUGGGCAGAGACUGAACAAGGUGUGGCUUUGGCAAUUUUGAGGGGUGUGAUUGACUUCAAGAGGGAACCUUGGCCUCAGAUAUCGGAUAGUGCUAAGAGCCUUGUGCGGCAGAUGUUGGAGCCCGAUCCUAAGAAGCGUUUGACGGCUGAACAGGUGCUUGGACAUCCCUGGCUGCAAAAUGCAAAGAAAGCUCCAAAUGUUCCAUUAGGAGAUAUUGUGAGGUCAAGGCUUAAACAGUUUUCUGUGAUGAAUAGAUUCAAAAAGAAAGCUCUGCGGGUCAUUGCGGAGCAUUUAUCUGUUGAAGAGGUAGAAAUAAUCAAAGAUAUGUUUACAUUGAUGGAUACUGACAGAGAUGGCAGAGUAACAUAUGAGGAACUGAAGGCCGGGUUGAAGAAAGUUGGUUCACAAUUGGCUGAGCCAGAGAUAAAGAUGCUGAUGGAAGUGGCUGAUGUUGAUGGGAAUGGAGUACUCGACUAUGGAGAGUUUGUAGCUGUAACAAUUCACUUGCAAAAAAUGGAGAAUGAUGAGCAUAUCCACAAAGCAUUUAAGUUCUUUGACAAAGAUGGGAGUGGGUAUAUUGAGUUAGGUGAGCUACAGGAAGCAUUAACAGAUGAGUCAGGAGAAACUGAUGCUGAUGUGAUAAAUGACAUCAUGCGCGAAGUUGACACUGACAAGGAUGGUUGCAUCAGUUAUGAGGAGUUUGUGGCCAUGAUGAAAACUGGAACUGACUGGAGAAAAGCAUCUAGGCAAUAUUCAAGGGAGAGAUUCAAGAGUUUGAGCCUAAAUUUAAUGAAGGACGGCUCACUUCAGCUUCAUGAUGGAAUUAGUGGUGAAGCUGUAGUGGUUUGAGUGCAAAGUAAUUUCUUUCUGUAACCUUCUGGUCACUUGGUUACUCUUUUUUCCCUUUUACCACUCACUGUGAUUAAAAUAUCGUUUGAGGAAUCUCUCCAUGAAAGCAAGUUUCGGGCAGGUUUGUGUUUGAGCAUUUGAAGCAUACUAAUGAUCUUGAGUUGGUGUUGGCUAGCUUAGGUUUCAGGGUUGGAUUGGAUGUUAGAUGCUUGAAGCAUGCAUUGGAGGAUUGCAAUUGCUUACCAAAGAUGUAUUAUAGCUUGUCAGCAAAAACUGUGGGGCACGUGCUACAGCCUAUAUGCCCUAAAGAAGUUGCAUAUUCUUUGUAUAUCUUUUUCCUGUUAUAUUGUGCUUGAUAAUUCCAUUGGUAAAUGUGUUUUUUCUAACUUAUGUGCAGAAAACUAGUUAGGGCUUGUUUCAUUGGCGACAUGAACCGAGAAAGUUUAUAGAAAGUCUAGGUAUCUGCUAGUUGAAGCAAUUUAAUUUGUCUGAAAAUGUAGCUAUCUUAAGCCCUCAAUAUUGUCAUUUCUGUUUUUUUCUUGUUUUGACACUAUCUCAUCUCUUGUCCUCAAUUAUGGUUAAUUUGCACGAGGUGGAGACAUUAUCUCUUAGUUUGUGCAUGGCAAACA